CACCGCCUCCCCGGCUCCCCUCACUGGCACCAGAAGAGUAGCCUAUCUUCCAAGUUAAGGCAAGAUGUUCAUUCUGAACCCCCCUUCUGAUCGAGAAAGACUUGAACUUGGCUGGCUUUGGAAAACACGUGAAGUGCAGGGUGCAAAACACAAUAGUGUUUUCCAGUAUGCUAAGAAGUUGUUUCUUAGUGAGCAGGCAGGCCGGGUCCAACUUCAAGAAUUUGCACGCAAGAAUGCAGCCAAUGCUCUUUCCCUUACAAACCUGGUGAUGGGAUUGUCUUCUAUUUUGUGUAGUUUAAAUGGGCACCACUACUAUGCAUGCUGGCUUCUCCUUGUUGGGUUUCUCCUUGAUCUGGCUGAUGGAGCUGUUGCUCGGCGACUUAAUGCGUGUUCUGCUCUUGGAGCCAAAUUGGACGAUUUUGCAGAUUUCACAACAUUUGGAAUUGGAACCUCUCUGUUACUCCAAGCCCACGGUAUACUGGACAGUCUCCUUGUCAUCUGCUAUGUGAUGUCAGUGUUUGCACGUCUCUGCUUCUUUUCUAGUGGUAUCCCAUUUGUGUACCGUGGAUUACCUUGCCCCUACGCUUCAGCUAUCCUGGCCUGCACCUCUCUGCUGACUGAAGGCAAUCGCUUCAUUCUGCACACCACUGCAGUGGUGAUGAUACUUUUCAUGACCGACCAGGGCAACUACCCCCAUGACAAGGUUUUGGAGUCACAAAUUUGGAAAAAAAUAGUUUAUGCUGGAGGUCUGCUGAUGCUUUUUUGCUGUCCAUUCUCGUUGGCUUGCACGUACUAUCUCGUUUGGUGUUUCUCCUAUACUCUCUUCCCAGCUGCUCUGUGGAGCUACGAGGUUUAAAGCAAGGCUUCAUCCCUUCCCCUCACAGGGAAAGGCUGGCAGCAACAGUUCAGCCACCAGAGUUCAAGUGUGAUUUCUUUAUUGAAUAACAAAAAGGCAGUCUCGCGCAUGAAACUGUAGAUCAAUUGACCCUUUUGACCUAGCAAAUGGGCUGAUAUAGUCUCCUUUUUGUUCAAUUUUUCUGAAAGUUAUAGAGGUACCUUUUUAUUUUUUUAAUUAUUUUAUGUUGCAUUAUGUUAUAGUUUUCCUAGUGACAUGUUUCCGAAGGGAGCAAUCAUAGUUACAUGGUUUUAGUGUAUAAAUUGUUUUUCCCCCCAUCACUUGCCCCAUUAAAGUUAACAGGUGCAGAACAUAUUAUUCCCUUAACCCUUUCAAUAGUGAAUUCCUGGGGAUAGAAUUCCUGUACUUAAAGAGUUCAUUAAAGGUUUAAGCACUUUUUUUAGAAUAUUCAGAAAAGUAUUAAUAAUGCAUUCAAAAAGUAUUCAUGUGUAUCAGUUUCAAACUAGUCUUGUUAAUAAGGUGAAACAAGCUCUUCUAUUCAGUUCCUGAUGGGGAGAAUUGUGCAAAUGCUGCCCCUUUGAAUCGUUUUGACAAUGGCCCUUGAAUCUCC